UCGUCACACGAGUGCGUCCGUAAGUCGUGAAGCGGCUUGAUUUUCCACCGCAAUCUGCUUUUUCACGUCGUGUAGACACACGACUCGAGAUCACUUUUAUACAAGACUAAAGGCGUUUUCUCGUGUGUUUUUACGCAUUCUGCGCAUGUACUGUUAGCUUUAGCCGCAUAGCUCGAUUUUAUUAUUUUAUGUGAACGUUGACUUUAGCUUUCAUCAGCCUGCCAGUGGAUUCGUCGUUCAUGUUGGCCUAUGUCAACAAAAGAUUGUUUCUUCUUAUGUGUAACCGCAAUGUCGCAUAGUACAUAUAAUAUUUCGCUUAGUUGUUAUCGGACAGGUUUAAUCAGCGUGAAGUUAAUGUAGGUUUAUAAAGCCGAAGGAAAAAAACGAAGAUCAGACUAGAAGCAUUUCUGUCGUCAGACGGCUAAAUUAAGAGGAAAACUGUCCAAGACCAAACAAAGAGGACGUGCCGCAUCUCUUUAUUGACAGACCGAGAAUAAAACAGGCUGAUAUGAUGUUUCCACAGGCCAGACACUCGGCUUCGUCUCAAUCGACACAGCCGCUCAAAUUCACCACGUCGGACUCUUGCGACCGCAUCAAGGAUGAGUUUCAGUUCCUGCAGGCGCAGUAUCACAGUCUGAAGUUGGAAUGUGAUAAACUGGCCAGUGAGAAGUCUGAAAUGCAGCGUCAUUACAUUAUGUAUUAUGAGAUGUCAUACGGACUCAACAUCGAAAUGCACAAACAGGCAGAGAUCGUGAAGAGAUUGAAUGGAAUCUGUGGACAGGUGUUGCCAUACCUGUCUCAAGAGCACCAGCAGCAGGUGCUGGGAGCAAUCGAGAGAGCCAAACAAGUAACACCCCCUGAGAUGAACUCCAUCAUCCGGCAGCAGCUUCAAGUUCACCAGCUUUCGCAGCUUCAAGGUUUGGCAUUACCCAUGAACGCUCUGCCUAUGGGAUUGACUCAGCCCAACCUGCCCGCCGUCACCUCCAGCUCCGGCCUCCUGUCUCUGUCCAGCAUCCUCGCAUCACACGCUCAACAGGCCAAAGAAGAGAAGAGCUCCCGCGAGGGGGCCGACGGCCAUCGUGAGGAGGACGGUGACAAAUCCGACUAGUUCUAGAGGACACUGAGAGAGAAAGUGUUGUUAAGUCCAAACAUUAAAUCACUUCUCACGUGUAUCUCUCUUUAUCAUACUUUCGUUAGAUCGUCUCUGAUUCAUUCUGUACUCUCUCCCAAAUGAUUCAAAUCAAAUGAAAUCAAGUUUGCUUCAUUCUUUUUAUGCGUGUUUAGGAAUUAUUAAUGUUGUUUAUUUUUAAGCUCAAUGAAUAAAAAUGAAUCGGAACACACCAGAAACCACAUAGCAGUGCCCUAGAUUCCACCCAGAGCAUCCUAGCAACCGCAUAGAAGCAUCCGAUGCUCUCCGUAAUCUCAAAACAGCGCCCUGGCAAGCCCUCAGAGCAUGUUAGUAUUGUUUUACAUGGGUACCAUCUACGUUUUCUUCAGAUCAUGUGUAAAUCUCACUCGUCUGACUCGUCUCAUUUUGCUUUUUUGGUCAGUUUCUAUGUUUGAAACACACCGUCUCUUCUCUCACGGCCGUAUGAUGUGUUUGAGUGUGUAAUUUACUCUUUAAGUUUAACCUCCAGCAGUAUGAAGUGAUAGUUUUGGGAGCCGGGUCUAAGCACACUUUUUGGUUAGCAAAGCACUUGUGAUGUGCCUGUAUUAGAGUAGAAUUCAGUCUCCCUCUAACCCUCGAACUGACAUAAAUCCCAACAUUUAAGAAAACAAUGUUCUGUCCUGUGUGCUAUUAACACAAAUGAGCGACUGCUAAAUAUUCUCACUGAAAAGGAUUUGUUGGCAGUGGAUGUUGUUCCAUGUAUGACCAGAAGGUUGCACUGUUUAGCUAACGAGUGUGUGUUGGAUUUUUUUGUGAAGAUGUGACUGGUCAUGUUUGAAAUAGCAUACUACCCUACUGCUGUGUGUGAAAUAUCCUGUAUAACCUGCGACGUUUGCCAAGGUGUGCAGUAUACAACCAGAACACACUGCACCACAUGGUGUUUCCCACAAUGCAGUGUGCUUUCCAGUGUCACAACUUUAUAGAAAUAUACAUUUGAAGUUUCCAGGACCCUAAGCAUGCAAUGUAAUCAUGGGAAAUAUUUCACAUAAAAUGGGUGGCUUGUGUGCAGUAUGUAGUGCACAGUAUGCAGUUAGUAGUAUGCUAGAAUUCCAUCAAACAUAGCUGUGUGGUUUUAAGAACAUGCUACCUAUAGCUGUGCAUGAACACUGGUGCAUUGUGGGUGUUUGUAAUUCUGAGUGAAUGUUUUUCAUGUGUCAAAACAUGUCAUGUUUUGGCAUCCCAUAAUUCGGGUUUUUUUCGGUUCUCCUGUGCUCAUGUGUUCUAAACGCUACAGUAUGUGCUGCAAACAUGCUGAGAUCAAGAAUCUACAGUAUACUGUUAUUUUAAUUUAAAUGACAUUUUGUUUGAUUUUGUUUUUAAUCACGUUUAGACUUUUCUGUUUGAUUUGAUCUCCAAACAAAUUUUCCAAAGAAAGUAAAGUUGUGUGCUGUUGCAGGGUCAGUUUAUAUACAUAUAUAAAUAUAUCAAUAUACAUAUAAUUUUGUAAAGAUUUUUGUAUGUAUAAAGCUACAUUUAUGGUGUAUGUGUGCCAGAGGACACAGCUUUGAGAGGUGGAUGCUGUGACAUACAGAUAUCUAUCAUCAUGUACAGUAUACAUACAGUCAAUGAUUAAUUACUAAUGGUUAAUCUUUCGGUUCAAUAUCUCCGCCCUUGUCUCAGUCCUCUAACCAUCUUCUGAACGGGACCAACUCACCCCCGAAAACCUAAUUACGUCAUUAUUUUGGCAUUAUUAGAUGACCGAUUUUCAGAACUUGCAGAACCUGUAUAUUUGAGCAUGAUGUAAAUGAGGAUCUUGUUUUCUGACCCUUUUAUCUCUAAAUCCCACCCACCUCCACGUGUAGCCCCUCCCUCUUUUGGUGGCAGUACUUUUUAAACGUUUCGGAGCUUUGUAGUGGUUAUUUUUAAAAUGUGUGUGCGUGUUGUAUGUAUUGCAAUGAUGUACUUGAUGACACAUGUAUGUUGUUUGUGUAAUGAAACUGUUAUAACUUCAUUUAAAGAUUUUAAAAAAUCUAAUGUUAAAACAUUUACUAUAGCUGAAUGAGAGAUUGAGCAGUAAGGAAGUAUUUAUUGUGCCUUACAAAUAAACGACUCAUUGGACCUUUG